AAGACCAGGUGUGAGAGACCCCACAGGUCCACUUCUGUUUUUCCUUUGUGAUGCCCAGAACAAUCACUAUAGUAUGAUGCCACUUCCCUCCCUCAGGGAGCCUAGAUAUGAGCAUAACUGGGACUCUUGGCUGGCAUUUAGCUUGCAGUUCCAUCGUUUCUAAAUAUGCGAAGACAAGCACGUUUCAUAGGCUAAGGAAGUUUUUGAUAGCAGAGAGUUUUAAAAAAAUAGCACCAUGCUCCUCCACUGGAUUGUUUGAGCUGCAGGGACAGCUGCUUUUCGGCCUUCAGCUGACCUCAGAAACUAGAAAUAUUUAUUUCAGGCUCUGUCCCAUUGGUCACUGUGGUCAGGAAUGGAAAGCACCUGCCAGGUGUUGCCUUGAGAUUGCCGAGAGAUUAACAAACUUCUACAAGCUUUGCGGUUUAAGAGUAACCCGCUCCCAAUCCGACCUUUCCUUGGCGUUCAAACCACAGCAGGUGUCGAGCGCCCCCUCGGUGCAAAGCUCGGUAACGGGCAAAUGAGGCGCGUGUAAACGCUCUCCGAGGCGCUAACGCUUCCUAUUUUUUCACAACCACCUACUGUAGCUACUGUACCUAUUUUACAAGUGACAAAACUAGCCGACGAAAGGGCACUGCACUAUGGGAUCAGGACACGUCCCUGUGGGUAACUAGUCCUAUGACCUUGAGCUGGUCGCUUGCCCUGCACGGGAGUUGAUCCCUGAAGUGUCUCCCCGUUCUAAAACUGGGCCUAGUUCAAGGUCAAAAGUGAUCAGCCAUGGCUGGAACUGGGUCUCGAAACUUGAAGACAUUCUUUACCACAGCCUCCGUUCCCGGGGGCAAGCAGGGGAAGGUCCAAAACCGUGCGCCCGGAGCUUGGGGAUCGGGCGCCAGGGCGCCAGGCAGAAGUGAACUACGGCGUCCGGGAAGGGUCGCUGCCGUCCCCGGGCGGGCUUCACUAGUUGAGCCAAUCACCGCUUGAGCCCGCCCCCCGUCCCCGGAAGGAGGCGUCACCCGGAGCAACUACAACGACCGGCUGAGUUUGGCGGCGGGAAAAGCCAUGAGUAAAGGCCGGGCAGAAGCUGCGGCGGGAGCCGCCAGCAUCCUCCUGAAGUACCUGCAGGAGCAGAACCGGCCCUACAGCGCCCAGGACGUGUUCGGGAACCUGCAGCGGGAUCACGGACUGGGCAAGGCGGCGGUGGUGAAGGCGCUGGACCAGCUGGCCCAACAAGGCAAGAUCAAAGAGAAGAUGUAUGGCAAGCAGAAGAUCUAUUUUGCCGAUCAGGAACAGUUUGAUAUGGUAAGUGAUGCUGACCUCCAAUGCCUGGAUGCCAAAAUCGUGGACCUCACUGCUAAGGUGCAGAGCUUGCAGCAGACCUGCCGCCACAUGGAGGCUGAGCUGAAGGAGUUAGCUAGUGCCCUGACCACACCAGAGAUGCAGAAAGAGAUUGAAGAGUUAAAGAAGGAGUGUGCUGUAUACACAGAGAGACUGAAGAAUAUCAAAGCAGCUACCAACCAUGUGACCCCAGAAGAAAAAGAGCAGGUAUACAGACAGAGGCAGAAAUACUGUAAGGAAUGGAGGAAGCGGAAGAGGAUGGCAACAGAGCUGUCUGAUGCAAUCCUUGAAGGAUACCCCAAGAGCAAGAAGCAGUUCUUUGAGGAAGUUGGGAUAGAGACAGAUGAAGAUUACAACGUCAAGCUCCCAGACCCCUGAGGCCCUCUGUUGGGACUGGGAGAUGGAAACAAGAUGUUCUGGACUGGCUACCUUGUUAGGUUGGCUUUUGUUAUGGUUGUUAUUGUUGUGCCUGCUGCUUUCCACCUUUGGUCAGGUAAACUGGAGUAUUGGGCAGAGGGAGUGUAGGCUGGUGGCCAAGAGUGGGUGAUCACGCCCAUUUCAUUGUCCAUAUUGCAAUGGCUUGCACUUAGACUUGAAACAGUGCCAAAAGAAAGCAUUUGGCAUUAUUUAUUGUAAUAUAAUUUGAUAUAAAAAUACUUAAUUUCCUCUGGAUAGUCAAGCCUCUCAGAUAUCAAACCUGAGGCAGGCAGAAAGGAGCCUGAGGGACAAGGGUACAGAGAAGCUGCUAUACACCAGCAUUUUGAGGAGCCCAGGGUUCACCCAGGACUCAUCUUGGGCUUAUAACCCAGGAGACCUUUUGAGUAUCUUCCAUAUCCCAAGUCCUGGGAGAAAUACAGGCAACACUGAGAUGAUAGAGGCCCAGAUAUACUUGACAGAAAGGCUGGGGGUGGUUUUGAGGCCCAGUUAAUUUUCCAGAAUUGUAGCUUUAACAAAGUUGCACUGUUGGUGUUUAGAAAAAUAAAAAACUUCAAAUAUGUA